AUGCCUCUAAAAUUCAUCUUUCCGUGGAAGGUAUUUGCCCUUAUAUGCGCUUUCUCGUCAACACCAAAUACAUCUGCAGAAGACGAACAGGGCGUGUUCUUUCGCAUGGAAGAAAACGCUUUCCUUGAUGACGAAAACGUUCUUCUAAGCGAAAAGGCUGACUCUGUUAUGAGCUGUGCUCGAAUGUGUGUAAGAGAAGCUGCUUGCAAAGGAGCAAAUUUCUUGGCGAACAAAGGCACCUGUUCUCUUUUUAACGAAGGACAACAGGCAAGGAAGAUGGAGAGAUUCGUAAAACGGGAUGGUUCUUUCUAUAUAGAAAAGGUUGUCUCUCAAGAAGUCUCUAGUCCACAAGGAAAGAACACGCCUGCACCCCGUGGCUUAACCCAGCAUUCAGCAGUCCCAUCAUGCAAGACUCUCCUCGACCAAUCUCCCCCUCCCUCCACGGGUAUUUAUUGGAUUGAUCCUGAUGGUGUGUCUCAGUCCAACGCUUUCAAGGCUUAUUGUGACAUGGAGACCAGUGGUGGAGGUUGGACUCUAGUAUGGAGUUAUUCCUUCACUAAUUACAGUCACUUUAAUGAUAGUUCAAAUGCGAUCUCACCAAGAGCAAACUGGCCUGUUUGGCUUGAUGGGUAUAUGCAUGUUCCUGUCUCCACAACUCCUCCAUUAAAUGAAACAGACUACAACGCUGUGAACUUCUCACUCUGGAAAAAACUUGGCAGACAGAUCCUCAUCAAGAGCAACAUAAACAACUGGCUGGUGUGUGAUCCGGGAAAUGGCAGCUUGGUGGAUUGGCAGUAUGGUGACAUCAACUGCACGAUCAUUAAACAUGUGACCAACACCUGCAAAGAUACACCAGCACCUUCAUUAUUUGGCGAUGGAUUAGACUCUGGACCGAUAUUCUUUAUCCACGCAAACGACCUUUAUUAUCUUUAUUAUUAUUUCGAUACUCUCACGGAGUAUCAAUGGCCUGUCCAUGAUCCAUGUGGAAAAAGUGAGCCCAACCAGUUGAACGGCGUCGCUGAGCCUCAUGGGAACAUUUUCAUCCGUUAG